AUGAGUAGUCUACAUUGCAUAGUUGUCUUUCUGGCACUGGCAGUUGUCAGCAAGCCAAGUAUUGCUGAAUCGGAUCAACCACAUGUUAUUCUUAUAUUUGUGGAUGACAUGGGAUGGAAUGACGUACAUUGGCACAACCCUGAUAUUGCAAUGCCCAACUUGAUGGAUCUCGCCGCUGAUGGCGUCAUAUUCAACCAAUCAUAUACCCAUCCUACAUGUACACCAUCAAGAGCUGCUAUGAUGAAGGGAUUGUAUCCUUUCAAAACAGGAAAUCAGCAUCAAAUGGUGUUCAACCUUCAUCCUAGUGGGGUUCCAUUGGAAUUCAAGCUGUUACCAGAAAAACUUAAAGAAGUUGGAUACUCUACUCAUAUGGUUGGAAAAUGGCAUUUAGGGUUCUGUAAAGAUGAGUAUCAACCAACAAAUCGUGGUUUUGACUCACACUAUGGUCUAUGGACAUUGGGAGUCGGUAACUACGAUAAAAUGAAUGGAGUACUCUCUCCUUCAGCAGGAUAUGAUUUCCUUGAUAACAUGGGAGUGGUACCAAAAAGUGACGGUUAUCUUGCAAUUCCCGAAGAGUAUGAAGAAAAGUAUGCCGAAAUCGAAGAUGAUAGAACUAGACAAUUUUAUUUUAUGGUAGGAAAGUUGACUAUGAUGGACGACAUAAUUGGCGGUGUGGUGGAUGCAUUGAAGAGCCGUGGAAUGUAUGACGAUUCGCUAAUAAUAUUCAUAGGUGACAAUGGAGCGUUAUCGUCUCAAUCCGGCUCAAACUAUCCAUUCCGCGGUAUUGCUGGAACACUGUUUGAGGGCGCCACUCGUGUACCAUCUAUUGUCAGUGGGAAGGGAAUAAAGAAGACUGGAUAUGAAAGCAAUGAGUUAUACAGCAUAGUUGAUAUACACAGAACAAUCCUUGAUGUGGCUGGAGCUAAAGCUGAGCCUGAACUUGACGGUUUAAGUAUGUGGCCUACAUGGUCAGAAGAUAAACCAUCGCCAAGAAAUGAAAUCCUCUACAAUAUCGAUGAUGAUCCAGUAUCCCCUGGUGCUGCUAUCAGGAUCGGAGACUAUAAACUGAUUACAGGACACCCGGAUUUAUUGUAUCCAUAUCGGGAUAUCAGUUUAACAGAUAACUAUUACAAUUAUGGUGACGCCCCAGCAAGCGGAUUGCCAAGUACAGACCAACAAUCACACGCACCGGCUCCACAGAACGUAGAAUACUUGUUCAAUGUCGUAGUUGACCCAGAAGAAAGAAACGACAUCUCCGCUGAUCAUCCAGAUAUAGUACAGGAUUUACGUGAUCGAUUGGAUGAACAUCGUAAACUGCUAAUUCCACCGGUAAACCAAACAACAGAGCUAGCCGGUGCCGCCGGGAAUUUUAAUGAUGUCUGGUCGCCUGGUUGGUGUUAA